AUGGCUACCACCAACAGACCUCUUGACGAGAGCACCGCAACUCUCGUCUCCCCAGACGACCACCUCAAUGCCAAGGACCUCCUCAGCACACCUACCAUGGCCUCUACUGGCAUGAGCUCCGGCACCGUCAGCGACGAGGAGCCCUCCACGCCGGAGCCUGCUGCCGACGACUCGCUCCCCGUCUCCGUCCAGUGCGGCUGGCCGCACGGGGGAGAGCCUCCCGCGUCGAACAAGACACUUGCUGCUCCCGGCCCCGAGGGCCAGCCGCCCUGGGGCACCAAGGGUUUCGCUGUCGCGGGUGACGGCAGCUCCGGCUGGCCGAACCUCGACGGUCCCCACGACAAGAGCGUCGUGACGGCCAAGUCUGGAUGGCCGCACAUGGACAGCCCCCACGACAAGAGCGUCGUGACGGCCAAAUCUGGUUGGCCGCACAUGGACGGCCCGCACGGGCAGAACCGUCAGGCUGAGAAGAGCGAGGAGCUCUCCGCGGCUGGCGAUGGCAGCUCCGGAUGGCCGAACCUCGACGGACCCGAAGACAAGAGUGUCUCGGCGGCCGGCGACGGCGACGGCAGCUCUGGCUGGCCGCACAUGGACGGCCCGCACGAGCAGAAGACACACGUUGGAGAGACCGACGAGGAAGGCCAUUUCUCAGCGGCCGGCGAUGGCAGCUCCGGCUGGCCGCACCUCGACGGCCCCCACGACAAGAGCGUCGUAACGGCCAAGUCUGGCUGGCCGCACAUGGACGGCCCGCACGAGCCCAAGGCGCGCAACGAGACAACGCCCGCCGAGGAUGUCGACGCCCCAGUGACAGUCCAGUGCGGCUGGCCCAAACAGCCUGGCCCUGACGACGAGUCCGACCCUGCCAAAAACCUGCCGCGCAACGGCACCGACAACGCAGGCCCGGAGCGUCGCAAGCCCGGCACCGUCGGCCCUGAGGGACAGCCUCCCUGGGGCGUCAAGAGCCUAGCCGGCGGCAACGCAGGCCCAGAAGGCCAGCCCCCAUGGGGCGUCAAGAACUUGGCGGCCGGUAACGCAGGUCCUGAAGGACAGCCUCCAUGGGGUGUCAAGAGCCUGGCCGCCGGCGGCAACGCGGGCCCCGAGGGCCAGCCGCCGUGGGGCACCAAGGGCUUCGAUGCGGACAAGGCCGACGCCUAG